UCGGAGAAUAACCGUCCUCCCCCUUCUCCCUUCCACCCCACCGCCCGCCCAGCCCUCUCCACCUGCCGGCCUUGGGAGAGCCCCGGCGUCCUGAGCCCGCCGCCGGCCCUCGCACUUGUCCCGGGGGGCGGGAGGGGGGCGGGUGUGCGUGUGCAUGUGUGUGCCUGUGCAUGUGCGCCUGGGUUUGCACGGCAAUAGGGAGGCCCCUCAUUCUCCCCCACCCCCCCACCCCGCCCCCAAGAAGCCCCCCUUCCCGGCUCCGGCCCCGACCAUGUUCCAGCCGGCGGCCAAGCGCUGCUUCACCAUCGAGUCCCUGGUGGCCAAAGAGGGCGGGGGCGCUCAGCACGUAGCCGCCGGCCCCUCGGAGGAGCCGCCGCGGCCCGGGGCCCUGGGGUACCCGCCGGCGGUGGGCACGGCCGCCCAGUCCUUCGGGCCCGGCGGCUUCCCGGGCCCGGGCCGCUCCCUCUACGCCGGCCCGGAGCUGGUGUUCCCCGAAGCCAUGGGUCACCCGCCCCUGGCCGUCCACCCCGUCCACCAGCUGGGCGCCACGCACCUCCAGCCCCCGCACCCCUUCUUCGGGGCCCAGCACCGAGACCCGCUCAACUUCUACCCCUGGGUCCUCCGCAACCGCUUCUUCGGACACCGCUUUCAGGGAAGCGAGGGCUCGCAGGACGCCUUGCUCCUUCACGGACCGUUCGCCCGCAAACCGAAGAGGAUCCGCACGGCCUUCUCGCCCUCGCAGCUGCUGCGGUUGGAGCGGGCUUUCGAGAAGAACCACUACGUGGUGGGAGCGGAGCGUAAACAGUUGGCCGGCAGCCUCAGCCUCUCCGAGACACAGGUGAAAGUGUGGUUCCAGAACAGGCGGACGAAGUACAAACGGCAGAAGCUGGAGGAAGAGGGGCCCGAGGCAGACCAGAAGAAGAAAGGGUCUCAUCAUAUCAACCGGUGGCGUCUGGCCACCAAGCAGUCCAACGGGGAAGACAUUGACGUCACGUCCAAUGACUAAUGGCGGGGGGGAUC